UAGGAAAUACGUGUGCAGUCAACAUUUCGUCGUUUGUCAAAGGAGACGAUGUCCAAGAUUCAACUAACGUUACCGGAUGAAAUUUGGAUCCAUGUGUUUGGAUUUCUCUCGGAUCGCGACAAAUUAAAUGUUCGUUUAAGCUGCACGUACUUUAAGAGACUGAUCGAGCACUGGUCCUUAUGGAAAGACAGCGUUAUCGUCCUCCACAAGCUCUACGACUCACAUUUCUGGAAAACUCUUUGUCAAAGGAAAAUCAAGUCUAUUGUUGUUCAAAAGGCAACGGCAAAAGUCUUGCAACAAACUGUGGCUUGGCUGCCGUGGGUCGGUUCAGUGACUCUGGUUCAGUGCAGUGAUGGCACAGCUCUGGUGACACUGGGGGCUUUAAAACACCUCCAGAGGCUUGUCAUCCGUCAGUGUUGCUGUCGGAGUCUGCCCAGCUCACUUUUAUCUUUGAGACAACUGACUCAUCUCUGCUUGUGUGAGGUCAAGAGAGCCUCGAUAUCGGAGAUAAGUGCUGCAAUUUCGCAACUUGUCAAUCUUACCACACUGAAGUACCAUGACGAUAAAAAUCCUAUCCAUAAAACUGCCCUUCAUGGCAUGUUGGGACGUCUGCCCAACUUAAAACACCUUUCCUUGAGAUUGGGGCCAAAGUAUGGGAUUCUGCCUGAUGAUUAUUUUUGUCCAGCUAAAGCAUAUGGACAUCCAGGAGUGACUCCGGAUGCAGAGUUUGGCCUGAGCAGCCUGGAGCUGCUGAACUAUGAAGACCCCUGCCUCUCUGUUGCCUUCAACGGUCUGUCCUCCCUGACCAAACUGACAGUGCAUUACAAACAAUGGCAUGAAAAUACAAACUUCUGCUGCCUCACAAAAUGGCUGCAAGUGCUCAGUGUACUCUCAGAGCUCAACAUUUCUUGUAAGUAUGAAAAAAAUGCGCAACACUUGAAAUGCUUCAUUGUAGCCUUGGAAAAGUUUAAAAAGGGGUUUUCAACAGGGGAACAUCAGUAAAUAUGCCGUAAGAUAAAUUAAUGUAAUGAUUAAAAUACCAACAAAACAUUCCAUACU